UUGAGGUGUUUAUCGUAAUUCUCCGAGAAGAUAAUACUCGUAGCUCUCUCUCUCUAUCUCGCGGUGCGUUGUUGUGAAUUUUCCUCUUUUCAAAUCUCACAGCAACAAAACCCUAGAUACUUGCUCUACUUGAUAUCGGAGAAGAAGAUCCGGCGAAGAUGUCAGGUGGCUUGGAUAUGUCACUUGAUGAUAUCAUCAAAUCUAAUCGAAAACCUACUGGAUCUCGCGGCCGAGGAGGCAUUGGUGGUGGUAAUAACACCGGUGGUCGCGGUGGUUCCGGUUCCAAUUCCGGUCCGUCUCGUCGAUUUGCUAACCGCGUAGGAGCCAGAACGGCGCCGUAUUCAAGGCCGAUUCAACAACAAGCUCAUGAUGCGAUGUGGCAAAACGAUGUCUUUGCGACUGAUGCGUCUGUGGCGGCGGCUUUUGGGCAUCAUCAGACUGCUGUUGUUGGUGGUGGCUCGUCCAUCGAGACUGGAACUAAGCUCUACAUUUCCAACUUAGAUUAUGGUGUCUCCAACGAAGAUAUCAAGGAGCUUUUUUCUGAGGUUGGUGACCUUAAGCGGUAUGGGAUUCACUAUGAUAGGAGUGGAAGAUCGAAGGGUACUGCUGAAGUUGUUUUUUCGAGGCGCGGUGAUGCCUUGGCAGCUGUCAAGCGUUACAACAAUGUUCAAUUGGAUGGAAAACUGAUGAAGAUAGAGAUUGUUGGGACUAAUCUUUCAGCUCCUACUCUUCCCCUUCCUGCUCCAGCUCAGUUUUCUUUUCCUACUAAUGGGAUACUUGGGAACUUUAAUGAGAACUUUAACGGCAAUUUCAAUGGGAACUUCAAUGGAAACUUCAGGGGCAGAGGAAGAGGUGGUUUUAUGGGGCGACCUCGUGGUGGUUUUGGCGGUGGUAAUUUCCGAGGAGGUAGGGGAGCUAGAGGACGUGGUGGUCGUGGCAGUGGUGGAAGAGGACGUGAUGAAAACGUAUCUGCAGAGGAUCUUGAUGCUGAAUUGGACAAGUACCACAAAGAGGCAAUGGAAACAAGUUAGAAAGGGGAGACUAAUCCUAUUGCAUGCCUACAUGUAUUCCUUCCCUUAGUGCACGAUAUGCUUUUGUAUUAGUAUGAUCUUUAGAUUGAUGUCAAUGGGUCUGACCUUAUCAGAGGUUUAGCUAUUUUUUUCUUCUCUAUGUGAGCUUUUUAGCUUUUGCAGUUGAGUUCAGAGAAACAGCAUUGUGUGUACCGUGGAACUCAAACUCCUCUAAAGUGUUUAUUCGAAACAUCAUUCCAUCUA